UUGCACCAAACUCUCUGCAACUUGUAACCCCAUCCUUAUCUCAUCAACCUCUUCUUCUUCGUCAAGUCUCUCGAAUCAUCGAGAAUCUUUUUUAUAUUCUCUUUCUUUUGGUGUUAUACAAAGAGAUUCCUAAGAACAUUAAAGAAAAAAAAAACAGAGAACAAUUUUCUAUAAACGAGAAUCAUCUAUAUAAAACAUGAACUCCACGAUAGCUGCGGGAGACGGAGAUGUUUCGGGUGGCGCGGCGGAGUUUAUUCAGAUUAGAUUGAAUCAUAGACACGAUCCUAAGGAGAACCAGUGUUCUUCGGUUCUCGUUAAGCAUAUCAAAGCGCCUGUCCAUCUGGUUUGGUCUCUGGUGAGGAGAUUCGAUCAGCCACAGAUAUACAAGCCUUUUGUCAGCAGGUGUGUAAUGAAAGGUGACGUUGGAAUUGGCUGUGUUCGAGAGGUGAACGUUAGAUCUGGCCUCCCAGCUACUACUAGCACCGAGAGAUUGGAGUUCUUUGACGAUAACGAACACAUUCUUGGUAUCAAAAUCCUGGGUGGUGAUCACAGGCUUAAGAACUACUCAUCAGUGGUUACAGUACACCCAGAGAUACUAGAUGAGAAAGCGGGGACAAUGGUAAUAGAGUCAUUUGUGGUGGAUGUACCAGAAGGGAACACCAAAGACGAGACUUGUUACUUUGUGGAAGCACUUAUACGAUGCAAUCUCAAAUCUCUGUCUAGUGUUUGCGAAAGAAUGGCUGCUCAGAACAUGACAUGACUUAUGGACUGGUACUUAGUGUUCGUCCUCAAAUAGCAACACUGGUAGGCGAAACUGAUCACGUGAAAUACAUGCUCUCUGGAUUAUAGCCAGAGAUUCCUCUAGACUCUAGUACUCAUUUGGGACUGAUUAUGUGUGUGUGGUUGUAUAAAUUAUAAACUGCAGCUCUAUAUUUUUUUAGUCAGGGCAGGAAUGUAGUUUUACCUUUCAGUCAAGUUUCUAUUUGUGAAAUAUAUGGACCACCAAAAAGUGAGUUAGAUUUAAAA